AUGAUAUUCUCCCAGCGCCAGCUCCAAGAGAAGUGCCAGGAACAGCAGAUGCCUCUCUACCUUGCCUUCAUUGAUCUAACAAAGGCGUUCGACAUGGUCAGCAGGAGCGGACUCUUCCAGCUCCUUAAGAAGAUCGGCUGUUCCCCACACCUGCUUGCUGUCGUCACGUCAUUCCACUACAACAUGCACAGCACAGUGAGCUACAACAGUGUCACUACACCUUCAAGGACUGCAGCGAAGGGGUUUGUGUGCAUCCACACCAGAGCCGAUGGCAAACUCCUCAACAUUGCUCGUCUUCGUGCCAAGACCAAAGUUAUAGAGGUGCUCAUUCGCGAGAUGCUCUUCGCCGAUGAUGCAGCCCUAGCCUCGCACACAGAAGACGGUCUGCAGCAGCUUGUCAGUCGAUUCUCCGCCGCCUGCAAGGAGUUUGGGCUCACCAUCAGCCUGAAGAAGACGAGCAUCAUGGUGCAGGGCACAGACCAUCCCCCAACCAUCACCAUCGAUGGGCACGUGCUGGAAGAUGUGGGAAACUUCACCUACCUUGGAUCCUCGAUCUCAAGCUCACACACACUUGAAACAAAGCCACAGCAGUUAUGUCGAAACUGUACCAGAGAGUUUGGAACAACUCCAGUCUUACGGAAAAGACCAAACUGCAUGUCUACCAAGACUGUGCGCUCAGCAGCCUCCUCUACAGCAGCGAAGCAUGGACCCCCUACGCAAGGCAUGAGAAGAAACUCCACAGCUUCUACAUCAGAUGUCUACGACGCAUUCUUCACAUCUGCUGGCAGGACAAAAUCCCAGACGUGGAGAUACUACAGCGAGCAAGCAUGA